ACGGGAAAGGAUGCAGCAUUAGCCACUGAAGCGGCGCUCCCGUCAGUUCUUUAGAUUUUUUCAGUCGCAUGUAAAUGAGGAUCUUGCUAAUGGAGCGAUUAGACGACAACCUCGUGCACGGAAAGGUACUGAUUGUGUGUUGGUUGUUUCUGCUAGUGGAUUUAAAGUUAGAAAAGUAAUUGGUUGAAUCUAACUCUGUCCUUUGUUCUUUCUAGGUAAAACGAGUCCUGCAAGAUUUUUUUCCUUCAUAGCCAGUUGGAUUUUCAGCUUUUUGGUGCAAGUCACAACCAGGAAAACCUGCUCAGCUGCCUUCCAGUAGUUGCUUGAUGACCUCCAUGCUGUCCACAGAGAUGCUGGAGCCUAGUAAUGUGAUUAGGGAGGCCAUUGUUUCUGCACUUCCCAGUAUCCCUGUCGAAUCACUAGGUCGUAUGAUGGAGAAGUUGAUUCAGCAAGGAGUGGAAAAAGAGGACGACCUGCAGUUUGUGAGAGAGCAAGACAUUGAAGAGUUCAUAAAGCCAAUUCAGUGCAGAAAACUUCUGGCCGCCUGGAAACGUAAAGAGCCCCUGUCCAUUUCUGCCCUACCAACGCAGAUGUCCUCAUGCAUCCCACUGGACCAGAGCUCCUCACUCUCAAGCAGUUCCUUGUCCUCUCCUCCAACAUCACCCUUGCCUGCUGUGAAAAACUGGCCUGAAACUUUUAAAGUGAACUGGGAAAAAAUGACUUCCAGUCUUAACAUGUGCCUCCAGAAUGGAAAAAGGCCUACACCAGCAGAUAGGAGACAGAUGAUACGUGUACUGGUUGAUGACAUGCGGAAAAUUGAGGUGAAUCCAAGCAGAGCCCAGUGUCUUAUCAUUGUAAGAGACAUAGUGCGACAGUAUCCCCAGUCAUUUAUGGAUACAAUGGAUGAUGGCAGGACAGGUUAUGAAUCUCUUCUGUGUCAAAUAAAGACACGCAUUGAACACUUAAACAGAAACAACACACUUGCUCGUCGCAGAGCAUCAAAGGCUACAGAUGGAGCUAAACCCCAACAAAGACCUGCAGACACAUACGGUUGCACACAAUGGCAGCCUGAACUUCCACCUGAAGAGACAGAGGCAUCUCUAGAAGAUGAUAGACAGAAGUUGAUGGAGCUCUUUUCUCGAGAAGGUUCUUUAGGAAUGGAAAGAGCAGAAGUGUUAAAACUUAUAGAAAAGACAUAUUACUUGCAGCGCCAAAUGAUAAAUGCAAAUCCUCCGCCAGCCUUGGAACAUGUGAGGCAACAAUGGCCAUAUUUGUUCUUCCCAAGGAGCAUGUGCACUCAUUUUGAAGUGCUGACCGAUGUUCCAAUUGUCCGAAAGAUUGAGGCUUUUCUUGAAGAGCAUGGCAGAAACAUCAUGGAGUUCUUCAAACAAAAUCCAACAAAUGAUGACGUAAAAGAUGUUCUUUUCAGGACUGAAUGUAGUGUGACUGCUUCAAACAUCCUUCAGGUUUUAAUGGCACACUUCAAGGAGCCACUGGAUGCCCUCAUCAUCCAAACUGAUGAGCCUGCCACACCUGCAAUUGUGCAGAUGACAGCCACGCUGCCUGACACACCACGUUUGAUUGUGGCUGGUCAAAUGGUACAGGCAAACCAACGAUGGAUGCUGAGCAUAGAGAAAGAGGUGCUAUGUGAAGGGACGUCCUUUGUUCUUGGCCUUGCAGUGGUCUUCUCCUCCUAUUACAACUUUAACCUGCAGUACCAACAUGAGGCAUCGUGCACAUUGGAGUUCAUUCAGAGAAGCUGCAUUGACAUUAACCCGGAGAGGGGCACAAAAGCAAGCCAUGAGAUGGUGAAAAGCAAGAAGAGCGGGAAGAUGGUCCAGAAGAAGUCAACAUCUGUGAAUCCGCAUGUCAGCACACUCAUCAAGAGGAUCAGUGACUUCAAGUGGGACUUUGUCUGAUCUACACAUGCACACAUACUGUCACAUGCACGCACACGCUCACAAACACACACACACACACACACACACACACAGUGUUAGAGAAAAUACAGUGGCAUUCAUAUAAGCAAGCACGUUCAGCUGUAAAAAUUUAGUGUGAGCACACUCUUUCAGUACAUUCUUUCCAAUAUCCAGAUCACCCAGUUUUUGUCUUUAAUUUCAAAUUUGUCUGGAUGCAUUUCUAUUGCUAGAGCUCUGUCCCUGUUCAAUUUGUUGAGAUGAAUGACUGACAAAAAUGUAUGUUGGUGUUUGAGAGUUCAGAACAGCAUUUAACAUGUCAUACUUUGUUUAGAUUUUUUUUUUCUUCAGUUUGAACAUGGUGUGACCCUAAGGCACUGGUGUCAUACUAGUUCCAGAAAGGGCCGUGCAGCUGCAGGUUUUCAUUCCAACCAAGCAGGAGCACACCAGAUCACUCAUUUCAUCAAGUGAGUCCAGUCUGAACCUGAAGACUUGAUGAGAUGAGUGGAGUCUGGUCUGCUACUGCUUGGUUGGAAUGAAAACCUGCAGCCACACAGCUCUUUCUGGAACCAGUAUGACACCCCUGCAUAAGGUGUCAGAUUUCAGCAUUCACCAAGAUGUUA